AUGGUUUCCAGCAUUCAAACUAUUGAUACUGACCAUGAAGAUAUGAUCCAUGAUGCUCAAUUGGACUAUUAUGGAACAACCCUAGCAACAGCUUCGUCCGAUCACUCAAUAAAAAUAUUCGAUGUUCGUAACAAGAAACAAGUUCUCAUAGCCCACCUACGAGAGCACCAAGGACCUGUUUGGAGUUUAAGUUGGUCGCAUCCUAUAUAUGGGAGUUUAUUAGCUUCUUGUGGCUACGAUCGUAAAGUGAUUAUCUGGCAAGAAAUCAACGGACGAUGGGGAAAAGUUUUUGAAUAUGCUGAACAUGCUAGUUCAGUCAAUUGCGUCUGUUGGGCUCCCCAUUCUUAUGGACCAAUGUUAGCAUGUGCUAGUUCAGAUGGAACUAUCUCCAUCCUUGUAUCAGACGAAGCGAACUCUUGGCGUGCCUUCCGAAUUCCAGAUGCACAUUCUGUUGGUGUCAAUAGCGUGUCUUGGGCACCUUCCAUAAAUGCUGAAUUUAUAUUUAAUCCAACAUUGGUAACAACAACAGCAGCAAAUAGUCUGAUCCCUCCUGUCAAACGACUAGCUUCUGGUGGAUGUGAUUCUUUAAUUAAAAUAUGGCGGUAA